UUUGCGUUAACUGUUUCAGAGCUGUAGCGUGACUACGCCGCGUUUACGUAUACAAACCUGGAAAGCUGUAACAUUGUGUGUGUUCUGCAGCGCCCCCUGACGGCCGGGAGGAGACACGAUGGUGCUGUAGCUAAAAGUGUUAAGGGGUUCUGCCGGCAAGGUAAGAAUGGGCCGGCGGUACUUCUGCGACUAUUGUGACCGGACCUUCCAGGACAACCUGCACAACCGCAAGAAACACCUGAGUGGCGUGCAGCACCAGAAGAGUAAGAAGGCCUGGUAUGACCUGUUCAGAGAUGCUUCAGAGAUCCUUGCAGAAGAGGAAUGUAAGAAACUGUGCAGACGCUUUCUCCAGACAGGUCAGUGUGACUUUGGUCCUUCCUGCCGUUUCUCACAUAUGACAGCAGAAGACCUGGAUGCUUUAAAGGCCCAUGUGGAAGAGAGAAGACUGCGAGAAGAACAAAGUAAACAAAUUCCUCCUUGUAAUGUAGAGUCUUGGUUGGAAGACAGGGCUAAGAAAGAAAGCACUCGCAGUGACAGUGCCUCUGUAUCUGAACAUCCCAUCUACCAUUUACCACCAGGCUGGCCUCCACUGUGUGAACUGCCCCCAUCACUCCAUCCCCCCACAGCUGCAGACGGAGAUCACCAAGAGGACCUUGAAUGGGGCUAAUUUUAGAGGAUCCAUAACGGGCUCAUCAGCGAGUGACUGUAAAGACUGUUUAACGUAUAUGUUUUGGUGAAUAUGGGAUUCACACCAUGAUGCAACAGACUUGUCUGUCUUACAGUGCUUGCUGAACACUUCAGGGAGUGGUGUCCAGGGUAUCAGUAUGAAAAUCUGUGACUAAGAAUUCAGUUUUUUCCUUUAUGUAUAGUGGAGCUGUAACAGAACACACCAAUUGAAAAGACUGGAGUUGCUUUUUUCACUUUAAAGAUGAGCCAAAUUUAACAAACAUUUGAAAAAUUUGGUGCAAAGUACUCCAAUGCAUGAUUGCAUGAUAUAUCCCCCCCAAGUUUUUAUUAUUGUACAUUCUUAUAUUAUUAUUUUUUUUACUUAAUAGACAUUAACCCAUUCCUGACUUCCUGUUGACUAUAAACACCUGGGCAGUGGCCCUUAAAAUAAAAUUGUCGUCAAUUUUAUGCUGCUAGGUCGUAACCGCACCAGCACAUGCCAAUGAGUCCCCAUAUUCAUGAGAUCAUGUCUUUCUGCGUCCACCUGUUGUGUUUUUUUUGUUUUUUUUUUGUUUUGUUUUGUUUUUAUAUCAGUCGGUAGCAUGUUGACGGGGAGAGCCAAGAGCUCAUGAAUGGGGGACUCGUUUGUCAUGUAUUGGAGCUGUUUAGCACAAGAUUUUAGAAAAUCAACUGUUUCAAUUAAAUAAAGUGACCCAGCAUUUUUGCUAAGGGGAUCUGUCACUAGUUUAUGUUGCACUUAGUUAGGACACCAUUAAACUGGUGACAGAUUCCCAUUAAACUCUGCAGGGAUGUUUUAAAAUGUCAGUGCAGAGAUAACCUCUGCAUGCUAAUUGUGCAACUGGUGAGCUGGGAGACCCCUAUUAGGGUGCUUUCACAUGACCGUAGGUAUUUUGCAGUCCGCAAAACGCAGAGCCGCAAAAAAUACGGAUGACGUCCGUGUUG